CAGGAGGACAAACCAGUUUGUGUGUGGAGGGUGUGUCCCUGAGAGUCCUGACAGGCUCGUCCCUGCAUCAAACAACACACACACUCUUCAGGAGCCUCGCUCCAUCACACACACACACACACCACCUCGCGUCUCCGUUUCUCCCUUCCACUCGCUGAGCUUCUUCCCUCUGAAGAAGAAGAUGCCUGUCCAGUCCACUCUGUCGCCCAAGGGCUCCUCCAACAAAGCUGUGGACACGCAGCUGGAUGGGAAGUCCUUUGAGCAGCUGAGGCAGGAGUGUCUGCAGAAGGGGGUCCUGUUUGAGGACCCGGACUUCCCCGCCAACGACUCCUCGCUCUUCUACAGCCAGGCUGUUCCUGUCGAUGUGAAAUGGAAGAGGCCCAAGGAGCUCUGCCAAGACCCAAAGUUCAUUGUCGGAGAUGCAGACAGGACAGACAUCUGCCAAGGACAGCUCGGGGACUGCUGGCUCCUGGCAGCCAUCGCAUCAUUGACCCUAAAAAACGACGCCAUGGCCCGAGUCGUCCCCCGCGACCAGGAGUUUGACCGCAGAUACGCCGGCAUAUUUCACUUCCAGUUCUGGCAUCACAACCAAUGGCUGGACGUGGUGGUGGACGACCGGCUGCCAGCGGUGAGAAACAAACUCAUCAUGCUUCACUCGGCCACCAACAACGAGUUCUGGAGCGCCCUGCUGGAGAAAGCCUACGCCAAACUGCACGGCAGCUACGAGUCCCUGAAGGGCGGCAGCACGAUGGAGGCCAUGGAGGAUUUUACCGGCGGUGUCGCGGAAACAUACGAAACCAAGAGCGCUCCAGACAACCUGUACGCCGUCAUGAAGAACGCACUAGAUAGAGGCUCCAUGAUGGGAUGCUCCAUUGAUAUCACCAGCUCCGCGGAGUCUGAGGCCAAGACGACCACCGGCCUGGUGAAGGGCCACGCGUACUCCAUCACAGGCGUGGACGAGGUGAGUGUCAGAGGCCAGAAGGUUCAGCUGGUCCGGAUCAGAAACCCCUGGGGUCAGGUCGAGUGGAACGGCCCCUGGAGUGACGACGCCAGAGAGUGGAACUAUGUCGACGCUGCCGAAAAAACUCGCCUCCAGCAGAAUUCGUCAGACGAUGGUGAAUUCUGGAUGGAGUUUGGAGACUUCAAGAGGAACUACGACAAGGUGGAGAUCUGCAACAUGACCCCUGACGCCCUGAACGAAAACCCAAACCGCCGCUGGGAGGUCAGCAUGCUGGAGGGAAACUGGAUCCGCGGCUCCACCGCCGGCGGCUGCAGGAACUUCAUCGACACAUUCUGGACCAACCCGCAGUUCCAGCUGCAGCUGGAGGACGCUGAGGAUGACAACGACGACGUGUGCAGCGUGAUCAUCGCUCUGAUGCAGAAAGACAGACGGAGGAAGAGGAAGGAAGGAAUGGACCUGGAGACCAUCGGCUUCGCAUUGUACAAGGCCCCAGAAGACGGGGACCACCUGGGGAAAGACUUCUUCCGCUACAACCCGUCCGCAGCUCGCAGCAAGACCUACAUCAACAUGCGGGAGAUAACGGAGCGCUUCGAGCUGCCUCCGGGGAAAUACGUGCUGGUCCCCACCACCUUCCAGCCCCACAAAGAGGCCGACUUCAUCAUCCGGAUCUACUCCGAGAAGAAGACCGCAGCUCUGGAGCUGGGGAGCAACGUUGACGCCAACCUGCCAGAUCCGCCCAUGCCCACCGCUCCAGAGGAUGAGACAAAAGAGGAGAAAAUGCUGAGGAGGCUUUUUGAUCAGCUGGCUGGUGACGACAAUGCUAUCUCUGUCAGAGAGCUGCAGCAGAUGCUGAACGGUGUUCUGAGCAGACGAAAAGAAAUCAAAUUCGAAACCCUGAGUCUGAGCACCUGCCAGAGUAUCAUCAACCUGAUGGACGUGGACAACACAGGAAUGCUGGAGUUCCAAGAGUUUAAGGUCUUCUGGGAAAAGAUGAAGAAGUGGAUCAUGCUCUUCUUGUCCUUUGACACCGACCGCUCAGGGAAGAUGUCGACCUACGAGCUCCGUAGCGCUCUCAAAGCGGCAGGCAUGCAGCUGAACAACAAGCUCCUGCAGCUGAUCGGCUUGAGGUUUGGUGACGAUAACUACGAAAUCGACUUCGACGACUACCUCACCUGCAUUGUCCGUCUGGAGAACAUGUUCAGAACUUUCCAGGUUCUGGACAAAGGUCAGAGGGGACGGGUGAAAAUGAACAUGAUGCAGUUCCUGAUGUUGUCGAUGAACGUCUGAGGAGACGCUGAAGGCAAACAGAAGCCGCCGGAAGAACAAAAACGCAUGCAGUUUUCUGAAUGUUCAGGCCGUAACGAUGCAUAAACGCAUUUUCUUUCUUCUCAUGUUUCAAAUCCUCAACAUCUAUCUGUUGUAUUUUUUUUUUUU